CGGUGACUGAUGGGAAGAAAGGUCAAGAAUCGAUGGAGGCGCAGAAACACUGCCGUAAAGAGGAUUAUCGCAAAUAAUUACCACUCCAGCUACUUUGUCGGGUUUAGAUUAAACCAAGCAGGCGUUGCUGUUCACCAGAGACAUGAAUCUGCGGGGCUGGCGGGCUGAUUUCCUGAUUUCCCCGACUCCCCACCGAGCCUGACCCGCUGCUGCAUUGUUAUUGUUUCUUCACCUGGCAGUAACACUCACCUCCCCCAGUCCGAGCCCUAGCAGAGUGAUGUUUCUCUCUCUGCCCCGGGAAUAUGGAUGAUAAAUCCACCCGCCACCAGCGGGUGCUGAUCGUGCUGCUCAUGGUGCUGCUGUUCGGCGUCAUCUCGGUCCAGUAUGUGUGUCCCGGGUCGGACUGCCAGAUGUUGCAGCAGCUGGGCUCCUGGUUCCGCCUGGGCGGCGGGGCGGCCCGCCCCCCCGGUACGGUGCUGCCGAACCUCCCCCAGAAAGACCCGUACAUGGCGGAGGACGGAGCCCUGGCCCGGUUCGUGCCCCGCUUCAACUUCUCCAGAGCCGACCUGAGCCGGGCCGUGCUCUUCAACAUCAGGGGGGAGGACGUGAUCGUGUUCCUGCACAUCCAGAAGACCGGCGGAACCACGUUCGGCCGACACCUGGUGCGGAACAUCAAGCUGGAGCGGCCCUGCGAGUGCCACGCCGGCCAGAAGAAGUGCACCUGUUUCCGGCCCGGGAAGAAGGACACCUGGCUGUUCUCCCGGUUCUCCACGGGCUGGAGCUGCGGGCUGCACGCCGACUGGACCGAGCUCACCAGCUGUGUGCCCGCACGCAUGGACUCGCAGGAACCUGCUCCCAGGAACCUGCCCAGUAGGCAUUAUUAUUAUAUAACAAUCUUAAGAGAUCCUGUGUCACGCUAUCUGAGCGAGUGGCGUCAUGUGCAACGUGGUGCAACAUGGAAGGCUUCCUUACAUGUGUGUGAUGGACAUUCACCAACGCUGUCAGAGCUGCCCAGCUGCUAUCCAGGGGAUGACUGGUCAGGGUGCUCCCUGCAAGAGUUCAUGGACUGCCCCUACAACCUGGCCAACAACCGACAGACCCGCAUGCUGGCUGACCUCAGCCUGGUGGGUUGCUAUAACGUGUCUGCCAUGAGCGAGGAAGAACGCUGGGCAGUGCUUUUGGACAGCGCUAAGCGAAACCUGCGGGGCAUGGCCUUCUUCGGCCUGACAGAGUACCAGCGUAAGACCCAGUACCUCUUCGAGCGAACCUUCAACCUGGAAUUCCUCUCACCCUUCACACAGUUAAAUGGCACUCGUGCCUCUAGCGUUGAUGUGCCCUCUGAAACGCAGCAUAGAAUCCGCCAACUAAACAGAUGGGACGUGGAGCUGUAUGAGUAUGCUCGCGACCUGUUUCUGCAACGUUUCCAGGUGACGAGGCAGCAGGAGCGCAGGCUGGCCAGGGAGAAACGACAACAGGAGAGGAGGCGUCUCCGCGAGAGGUUCACAACGAAGCAGGGGAGACAUCUCAAGCCCACAGAAACGCCACGUCUGACCAAGAGUCAUGUAACUGAGGAACAACAGAGAGAGAUGGUUGCCGAUAAUGGUGCGGAGUCAGAAGUGUUGCUCCCGGACUGGUGGGAUAUGAAUGAGAACAGCACGAUCGAGGACUAUUUAGACAAUGUGGAGCAGUGGUAACAGGAGAAUGUCUUAACACAAUGUGUGCCAAGCUCUGCCUUGCCUGUUUUCGUUUAUCCAGGUUAUUGUAAGGAGGCCUUUUUUUUUCUUUUUUGUAACAUCACAAGCUGUUUUUACAUUUUAAUUUAUUGAUACUGAUUGUAUUUCUUUGCAAUGGCCAAUCUUAUUAAUAAGUGCUUUUUUUCUUGAAAGAAAAAAACGGUACGUCUUAUACUCUUCAGUCUUGAUACUAGUCUAUUACAUUUUUGUUUUGGACUUUGAACAGGAUUUGUCAUGAUGUUGCAUGGAAGAAGAUUUAAUUUUCAUUUACUACAACAGGCACUGUAACAUAAGAAAAAGAAAAAAAUCUGUGUGAUUAAUGAUCUUUAAGUUUGGCAAAUUCUUGUCUAGUCUGAAAUGUGUACAUUUUAAAACAUACUUGUUUUUAAGUGUCUUGUCAGUAACAGAAACUGAGAAUGAUGUUUUCAUAGAUACCUCAAUGUGUUGCAUUAACUGCUAAUGUUAUAUAAAGA